AUGGACGUCAACAGGAGACUGGGGAUGAGGGACACUCUGCUGGCCUUCCUUCUCGCCGUCUUCCAGGGGUUUCCUCUCGGGGACACAGCCCCAAAUCCGUCCCCGCUGGUUGGGUCCAACUGGGGGAACCCAAGGAGAUACAUCCACCUGCAGACUUCCACGGAUCUCAACAACUUCUACUUGGAGAUCCGAUUGGAUGGCACAGUGCACAAAACGACCCGCAGGAGCUCGUUCAGUGUUCUUUUACUGAAAGCUGAAACGAGGGAGCGCGUCGCCAUCCUCGGCAUCAAAAGCAGCCGGUACCUGUGCAUGGAUUUGGUUGGGAACCCGUUCAGCUCUCCCACCUGCCUGAAAGACGAUUGCCUCUUCAACCACAAGCUUCUGGAGAACAACCGGGACGUGUACUACUCAGUCCGGACCGGCAUCCUCUUCAACCUGGAGGGCUCCCGGCAGGUGUACGCUGCGGGUCAGAACCUGCCCCAGACCUCCCUCUUCCUGCCCAAGAAGAACACGGUGUCGCUGGAGCGCCUCCUGCUGCACCGGGAGAAGAGGAACCAGCUGGUGGAUCCCUUCGACCCGUACAACGUCUACAUGGGUCAGACCGAGGGGGGCUCCGACUCCCGGGCCGUGCCGGAGGACGACGCUGACCUGGAGGUGGAGGUCGAGGUGGAGGUGGAGGUGGAGGCCGGGGACGCAGGGGACGACGGGCGCAACGUGUCCCGGGAGACGCCGCUGGAUCCAUCCGCCCACGACCCUUGGAAGGUGCACUCGUCCAACCCCGCGAGCCCCCGGAGCACCGGCACCAUGGGUUGA